GCUCAGUCUGCUAGCAGUUGCGUACCCGACGAUAAGCAUACACGCCACGAUCGUUCUGCGAGUUCGCUUUGAAUUCCUCAUUACUUUUUUUCCCCUGUCAUGUUCAUGUUCUCAAAGGUGAUCUCGAGGAUAUUGAUCGGGCUUAGGAGUUCUGAUACAGAUCCAGCGAACGGAUGGUGAACGCAAAGUGAUAUCGCCAGUGUCUAUUUAUGGCGUGAUUACGUGUAGUGUUGUUCGGUGGUGAGUUUCGUGUUGGUUGGAUUGUGCCUGCUAGGUCACAGUCGACUGACGUGUGUGGUGACAACCGCUCUACAAGAAAUACAGAAAUACAAAAAUAAUAACAACAACGUGAAAAACUUGAUCGGGAUUAUUGAAACUGCUCCAGCUGGUGGUUCGUUCGAAGUUGGUGCUUUUUUGGUGUUCAACCCUUUCGAAAGAUAAAAGAGAGUGAAGAUCGAGAAGAAAUAAGGAAAAAAAACAAACAGGAAAAACCAGUGAUACUGAAAUCGAAAAGAUUGGUGAAACGCCCAAAAAGUGUCGAUCGGGUCGAAAGAGAGUGUGAGUCUCGUCGCUAUCCUAUCGCCCUGCUCUUUUGAGUGUGAUCGCAGCAGAAGGAAAGAAUUGUACGGAUCGUAUGAGCCAACAAUUAAGGAGUUUUUUGCAUUGAAAAUAAAAAUUGGUGGUGAUGCUCGUAGUGAAUCCAGUUGGCAGCAUGCUGUAAGCGAAACACGGAUGGAGGUUAGCUGAUACAGCAGACAGAGAGCCGUCCGCCGUUCCCUUCGUCGAUUGCGGUAUAACUGCGGUGUGUUUACUAACAACAACAGUGGACCGAAAAAAAGGAGAGCGACAGCGCGUCUUCAAACAAAUUACAUUUGUUGUCAUCGGUGUGUCGCGUUUUCGGUGAAAUAGGCGGAAUACCUUUGGACUGAUUACAACAGCAGCGGCAGCAGUGGUUCAUUUCGUGCGGGGAAGAACUGGUCUGUGUUUUCGAGCAAACACUUAUCAACACGCUCGGUGGUGCCGGCGCACGUUGGUGUGUCAUUAUACCCAUACUAGAGUAGCAGAGAGAGAGAGAGAGAGAGAAGGGAAGAAAAUAAACCCGCGAUCGUCCGAAAAAAAAACUACACAACUGUCGGUUCCACGGUGCAAUGGUCAAAGGCGGAGCGAAGAAAAAUUAAAAGUGCGAGUGGAAGAAAAGUGAGAAAGCAAACAGAAAAUUGAACCACUGUAGCCAACCGUGAAGAACCCGCGCAAAGCCCCUCGGAGCUGACCAGGCAUGACUACAAGCUGGUCCUAAGAGAUCGCCGCUUGGAACAAAAGCAGAGCAUUUCGAAUCCCGCGGGAGGAAGCCUUCAUUAGUCAUCGUCAAAUCGGCGCAGGUGAUGCGUGCUCGCUUAUGCGUAUAUCGGGUACGCGUGCGUAACUGAUGGUUCGUUCGCCUGCUCUCGGGUCUAAACUGUGUUUAACGCUAUUCAGAUAAUUUGAUUUACACGCGGGGCGGCAGAGUCGAAGUGAACGACGACGACGAGGAUACGCGGCAGGAGCGGGUGGAGCAGUGGAGUUGAAAGAUAAAGUGAUUUUCACAAAAACCUGUUUGGGUUACGCCGCCGCGCGAGUGUUUGUUCGCUGGAAAGAGGUUCCAAACCGCUCUCCAAAGGUUUUUCAUACAAGAAGUCCAGUGCGCAGUGUGUGGCUGUGUGCGGUAGUAUGAGCAACAGCAGCAGCGUGAAGUUGUGUUCUUCGACUGCAGCGAUAACGCCUUGAAAUUGGAGAACCCUCGAAGUGUCUAAGUGACCGCCGCCGCAGUGGCGCAAUGCCCAGUGGCUAAGAGUACCCGCGGAAAAAUAUUCUUAAGUGGUGGUGCGUUCGCGAACCGAGCGGUGCUAAUUGCCAAGAGAGAGUGAAUGAAUUAUCUGUUGAACGCGAGUGUUUUUUUUCAUUUUUUUUUAUAUUGGUGUACUUCUUCUGAUCAAACUGCCGCGCGAAAGGUGAUAUCGGUUCUCGGGACCGUUCUCUCCUUUCCUCUGAGUGAGACGCCAGGGAAGCCAAAAUAAUAGCGCCUUUAAAUGAUUCCGUGCGUGAGCUUGACCGAAACCAGUGUCCUUGGGAAUAUGAAAGAGCGCGUUAAAGAGAUGCGCGUGUUCGGUUGCCGUCUCAAUUUCUGGAACAAUGUUACCGCCAAUUUUAGCAACAAAGGUAACGGAAGUUCACCCGCCCAAAACUCGACCCGCAGUAUUAGUCCCAACACCCAGAGCCUACCCAACGGCCAUCCGCCGGCGUCGCAUCUCAUCUCUGGGUCUGGAUCGGAAAGAACGCUCCUCCAGCCGGGCAGCCAGCCGCAGCUGCAAUCUCAGCAGUCACCACAACAGCAGCAGCAGCAGCAGCAACAACAACUGCAGAUCCCGCAGCAAAACGCACAGCCAACCUCACAUUCGCCCUCGCUGCAGCAUCAGCAGCUGCAGCACCAGCAGUCUUCUCAGUCCCACCAUCUGAACAGCAGCUCCAGUAGUUUAGGCAACAUCACGCCUACCUUCGCCCAACCACAGUCACCUACCCACAACUCCUUCAAAACGGCGUCCAUCAACGGUGCGGGUCAUCAUACGAACGGAGGCGAGCUAAAUAUGCCUGGUGGCCCAACAGUAGCACCCGGAACACCAAAUUCUAAGGCCAAGGAUGUCUCGCCACGGGUCAAGAUUGUGGUAGCAUUGUACCCCUUUAAGGCGAUCGAGAGCGGUGAUUUGUCGCUGGAAAAGAAUGCCGAGUAUGAGGUGAUCGAUGACUCGCAGGAACACUGGUGGAAGGUCAAAGAUCAGCACGGCACCAUCGGCUACAUACCCAGCAACUAUGUCAAAGAGAAGGAACUGCUGGGUCUGCAGAAGUACGAUUGGUACGUGGGGGACAUGUCCCGGCAGCGGGCCGAAUCACUGCUCAAACAAAACGACAAAGAAGGCUGCUUCGUGGUGAGGAAGUCAUCCACCAAGGGCCUUUACACACUAUCGCUACAUACCAAAGUACCCCAAUCCCAUGUGAAGCACUAUCACAUCAAACAGAACGCUCGCCUUGAGUUUUAUCUCUCCGAGAAGCACUGCUGUGAAACGAUACCGGAUCUAAUCAACUACCAUCGGCACAACUCCGGUGGCCUAGCAUGCAGACUAAAGACUUCGCCUUGCGAUCGGCCUGUGCCGCCAACCGCCGGUCUGUCACACGACAAAUGGGAAAUUCACCCCUCGGAGCUGAUGAUCUUGGAGGAGCUCGGUUCCGGUCAGUUUGGGGUUGUCCGAAGAGCCAAAUGGCGCGGAUCGAUCGACACAGCAGUCAAAAUGAUGAAGGUUGGCACUAUGUCCGAGGAUGAUUUCAUCGAGGAAGCGAAAGUUAUGACGAAACUCCAACAUCCAAAUCUUGUCCAGCUCUAUGGCGUCUGUUCAAAGCAUCGACCGAUCUACAUCAUCACCGAGUACAUGAAGCACGGUUCGUUGCUUAACUAUCUGCGAAGGCACGAACAGUCGCUAAUCGGAAACAUGGGAAUGCUGCUGGAUAUGUGCAUACAGGUCUGCAAGGGAAUGUCCUAUCUCGAGCGCCACAACUACAUCCAUCGAGAUCUGGCCGCCCGCAACUGCUUGGUAGGUUCGGAGAAUACCGUGAAGGUAGCUGAUUUCGGUCUUGCCCGGUACGUGCUGGACGAUCAGUAUACCAGUUCUGGGGGAACCAAGUUUCCGAUCAAGUGGGCCCCACCGGAGGUGCUUAACUACACCCGGUUCUCCUCGAAGAGCGAUGUUUGGGCCUAUGGCGUGUUGAUGUGGGAAGUUUUUACUUGCGGAAAAAUGCCGUACGGCCGUCUAAAGAACACCGAGGUAGUCGAGCGCGUCCAGCGAGGAAUUAUACUAGAGAAACCAAAAGCGUGUGCGAAGGAGAUCUAUGAUGUGAUGAAGAAAUGCUGGUCACACGGCCCCGAAGAUAGGCCUGGCUUCCGGAUACUCAAGGACCAGCUCGCAGCCGUCGCCCAAGGUCUCACCGAUUAGAAUCCGCUGGCCUGAACAUCAUCUGGUAACAUCCACAAAACACAACACAACCCAACACACAAGAAGUACAUAUAUUAUACACAAACAAACACGUACACGUAUAAGCAUAAAAAUUACCACUUUUAUCUUAGAGCUAGAAGAAUCAUGUCUUUCAUUUCAAUGCAUUUUCAUCUAUUAGAUCUACUCUCAUACGUAGCAUUUCUUAAAAUACAAAAAUGAAGAACUCACAAACACACAGAACCCAGACAGGAUUUGGGGGGAGAACAGUGGACAGUGUUUUAUAUUAAGAAAUAUUAUGCUUAAUGAGGAUAACACAGAGAAGAAGAAAGGAAACAAAACGAAAACCUAUCCAUAUCUUUCAUGAGAAUACAAACCACACAGAUCUAUUCGUUGCAAGAGGAUCCGCGAUGAACUACUAAAGUUAGUGUCAAGCCAAAUAGCGAGAGGAGUGUCUGUAGUUCUUUGGCAGUCGACAUUCGUUUAAACCGCCUCAAAUAAACCGACGUAAGUAAAAAAAAGGGAAUAACAAACCGUAGAACACAAGAAGUCACAGUCGCGCGCAAGUCUCUUUCUCGGUGUUGCAAAAAGUCGGCCUUUUCCUACUGACGAAAAGAUAAAAUACUUCUUGUUUUCAAUUUCCACUAAUUUUAGAAGAAACACACUAACAUUCGUACCGAAGGAAUGAACUGACUGAUUGUGAUUGUGUUUGCACACAGAAGCACAAACUGUGAGAAACCAGUUAUACGUGGGCGGGGAGCGAAACAAAAAAAAAGUGCAAGCAAGGGUGAAUCAAAACGAUAUAUGUUUUCCAAUCAAACUGCGAUAGCCAAACAGAGCGCCAGAGGAGACAGAAUAAAACAAAAAUAAAACAAUAAUUUUGUGACUAAUUAGAUGAUAGAGAAGAGAAUAUGACGUAUGAAUCUUCUGUACGGUAAAGUAACGGUUGCACUAUAGAAGAUCAUGGUUUGAACAAACAAGAGAACACGAGUGAUUUGAGCUCUUCAGUUUUUUUCCCAAGACAACUUCAUUAUCAAGAUUAUUUUUUUCUGUGUGAAGUUAAUUGGAAGCUACUACGGUUCACUUUUAACCACGUUUGAAGAAUCAGUUGUAGAAAGUCUAGUUGUAAGGAGAUGUGCGCGGAAUUUAGAAGAAAGGAGCAAGAAAGCAUAAGUGAUAUUUUAUACGUUUAGUUUUUUUAGUUAAAGACAUUUAUUUAACCUAUUCAUUUCCGUGUACUCGAACCGUAGGAGAAUACAGUUUAUUAUUGUCGGCCCUCAACUCUAGCGCCGUUAUUUUUUUUUGUCAAUCGAAGUCAUUUAGUUUGUUUAAGUAUUUUUUGGUCGGAUGCAAGCGCAUAAUUCAUACAUAAUUGAAGAUUUUUUUUGACUUUUCAUCUCAAUUUUUAGCAGAGCUCCGUUUAAAUUUUAGGUAAAUGAGAAAAUAAAACAAUAAACUGAAAUUAACUCAUGUCUGAGGGAGAUACAAACUGCUCUGAGGGUAUGAACUAUAGUUAGCAUUAUUUGUCGAAUUCUAAUGAUGCUUGUAUUAGAAAAAAAGAAAACAAGUUUUUCGCUGAACGAUAAGUAGCACACACAAAUAUUCAAGCGUUAUAAGAGAAUGAAAAUAAUAAAAUGCCAUUUUUACAAUAAUGAAUAUAGGACUUUAAUGUUUAACAAAACUGUAGCAGCAGCAGAAGGAAAGGAAAAAAAAGAAACACAAAAACAUCAUAUAGAGUUAAACGGAUUCAAAAUCAUGCCAAUAUUCCUAGGAUUUGAAGCAAUCGGUAGCCUGCAAUGGCUGCCAUUAGAAUUGAAUCAAAAAAGCAGAAACCAUCAAAAGCAGUGGUAUCAUGUAAACGAAUAACGAAUUAACGAGCAAGCAUUAUACCGUAGCACUCAUGAUGAAUUGUCGAUUUUCGAAGCAUAUAUACAUACCUUUUUAUGUAGAAAAUGUUGAAGCAUACGCAGCUCAGCGCGCUGGUACAAGUUAUUCGUAGAAAAAAAAUUGAAAGCGAAUGACGCAUGGUGUGAAGAAGUUUCAUAGUGAGCCAAUGGAACCGGUUCCGUAGAGGAGAAACAGAAGCUACCGCGAGGUUUGAUCAAGGGCGAGAAAGAAAAGUAUAAUAUAUGUCUUUUAUUCGAGAUCAGCUAAAUCUAUAAUAAAAUUGAACAAAGAUCAUGUCUUGUAUGAAAAAUAA